GAGGACUUAAGAAAAACAAUGGCUCAAACGGAGGAAGACCUGAAUCACCACAUGAAAGUUGUAGUUCGUGUGCGUCCUGAAAACACAAAAGAAAAGGCAGUUGGAUUCCAUAGAGUGGUCCAUGUUGUGGAUAAACAUAUCCUAGUUUUUGAUCCCAAAAAAGAAGAAAUCAGUUUUUUUCAUGGAAAGAAAAUUCUAAAUCGAGAUACAACAAAAAGACAAAAUAAGGAUCUUAAGUUUGUAUUUGAUGCCGUUUUUGAUGAAACUUCAACUCAGUUGGAAGUUUUUGAGAACACAACUAAGCCAAUUCUUCGAAAUUUUUUGAAUGGAUAUAAUUGCACAGUAUUAGCAUAUGGUGCUACUGGAGCUGGGAAGACCCACACCAUGCUAGGCACAGCUGCUGAACCUGGAGUGAUGUACCUCACAAUGCUAGAUCUUUACAAGUCCAUGGAUGAGAUUAAAGAAGAGAAAACAUGUAGUACUGCAGUUUCUUAUUUGGAGGUAUAUAAUGAACAGAUUCGUGACCUCUUAGUAAAUUCAGGACCACUUGCAGUUCGGGAAGAUGCCCAAAAAGGGGUGGUUGUUCAGGGUUUGACUUUACACCAGCCUAAGUCCUCAGAGGAAAUUUUACAAUUAUUGGAUAAUGGAAAUAAAAACAGGACACAGCAUCCCACUGAUACGAAUGCAACAUCAUCUCGUUCUCAUGCUGUUUUUCAGAUUUACUUGCGACAACAAGACAAAACAGCAAGCAUAAACCAAAAUAUUCGUAUCGCCAAAAUGUCACUCAUUGACUUGGCAGGGUCUGAGAGAGCCAGGGCUGCCAACACCAAAGGGACCCGGUUUAUAGAAGGCACAAAUAUUAAUCGGUCACUUUUAGCUCUUGGGAAUGUCAUCAAUGCCUUAGCAGAUUCAAAGAGAAAGAAUCAGCAUAUUCCAUACAGAAAUAGUAAGCUUACUCGCUUGUUAAAAGAUUCUCUUGGAGGAAACUGUCAAACUAUAAUGAUAGCUGCUGUUAGUCCUUCCUCUGUGUUCUAUGAUGACACAUAUAACACUCUAAAGUAUGCUAACCGUGCUAAGGACAUUAAAUCUUCUGUGAAAAGCAAUGUUCUUAAUCUCAACAAUCACAUAACUCAGUACUUAAAGAUCUGUAAUGAGCAGAAACAAGAGAUUUUAAUGUUAAAAGAAAAACUAAGGAUGUAUGAAGAACAGCAAACACUUACUGAUAACAGUAAAGCAUUGUUACCGAUUUCAAAUCCUCAACAAAAAGAAAUUGAAAGAUUUCAAAAAAUUUUGAACUGUUUGUUCCAAAAUCGAGAAGAAAGCAGGCAAGAAUAUCUGAAGUUGGAAAUGUUACUUAAAGAAAAUGAACUAAAAUCAUUCUACCAACAACAGUGCCACAAGCAAAUAGAAAUGAUGUGUUCAGACGAUAAAAUAGAAAGGGCUACUUGCAAACGAGAUCAUAGACUUGCAAUGCUGAAAACUCGUCGCUGCUACCUCGAAAACAAAAAGAAGGAAGAAUUGAAGCUAUUUGAUGAGAAUACUAGUUGGCUUUAUCAUGUGGAAAAUGAAAUGGCACUCAUAGGUCAAAAUGGCCAUAUCCCAGAGGAACUCAGUAAAGAUCUUUAUCUUCACCAUUUGCACCUCCAGAACAAAGAUUUAAAAAUGCAAAUUAAGCAUAUAAUAGAUCUUGCUGGUCUUCAAGAACAGCAACAUAGGCAGACAGAGGCAGUUUUGAACGCCUUACUUCCAACCCUAAGAAAACUGUAUACUACAAUAAAAGAGGCUGGCCUGUCAAGUACCUCUUUUGAAGCUGAUUUCAAAGAAAUUGAACACUUGGUAGAGAGAAAAAAAGUCGUAGUUUGGGCUGACCAAACUACUGAACAUGCAAAACAAAAUGACCUACCAGAGAUGCCUGUUCUUCUUAACUUUCCACAGCUCAAACCAGUUCAAUCUAUUCUUUGCACAUCUUCAAGUAAACCUAAUCUACUUAAAAUUACUCCACAAAAACGAACCAGAAGAAAGCUAAUGCCUUCUCCAUCAGAAGCAAAACAUACCCAACAGUCCACAGUUUUUGAAAGUGAGAAGCUCAAUGAUUCACUCAGCAGAGAACCUAAACCUAUUUUGUAUACACCAGAAGUCUGUAGAAAAACUUAUCAAAAUCCAUCUACAGUGACAUUAUUAAAUUCAUCAUCACACACUGCAGAUUUUCAGUCCACAGGCUCAAAUGUAAACAGUGAUAGUUCUCUUAAAAUAUUACAAGAAGUAGAUAACCCUCCCAACAGUAGUAAAGAAACUGAGCAAGAGGAUUUGGACUCUACAUUUACUAUAUGCCAAGACCAAAGUACUCUGACAAGAAAAGUACCUGAACAAGAACCACUACCAAGCAAUAAUAUUUUACAAAGGCUUCCCCCUUCUUCAUUUUCAUCUAAACCUUCUUUGUCUGACUCAAAUAUAAUACCAUCCUACAUGGCAUUGACUGCUGCUGCCAAAAGGAAACGGAAACUAACAGGUCCUGCGGCAAGUACACCAUUAACUCCUGACGUAAAUUUUGGAUUUGCCAAACGUAUCCGUCACACUACAACUGAUAAGCUUUCACAAGAAAACAGACCAAUGAUGGACUAUAGAAGAAAAAUUCAUAAAAUAAAGCCAACCGUGGGUAGACAAUAUGGAAGAAAUAUUUCAAAAGAAAAUUUGAGAUAAGCCACUUUAUAAGAUCAACAAAAAUGAAAUUGACAGUCUACUUUUUCAACAAAUUUGUUGCCAGUGCCCUUUUAGAAAUUUAUUUUAGAUCUUUGAAAGACCAUCUUAAAGCAAUGUUUACCCAAAAC